GCUUAUGACGCGUUGUGCUCUGUAGGGUGUGGGAGUGGUUUAGCGGUGUGUCAUGUCUGCUUGAUUUCUUUCUUCUGCCGUAUUUGACUCGUGCCACGUUGAUUGAUCUCUUGCUUCGCCGUCAGUGUGCAGCCUUCCAUCGCUGGAUGUGAGAUCAGGCCUGAGCAGAUGAUGCGUGUGAUGUGAUUGGUUGGACCAUCUGGCCGCAGGAUCGGACCGUCACCCGUGGCAGCUUUAAUGCGGAGGGGCCGUGCAUGCGUGUGGACAGCAGCACAGAAUCUGACGUGACGUGUUGGCCUGCAGGGUUGGUUGCAUUGUGCGUUGAUGACCCCUGCUGUUUAGCUGCCUGCUCACCCCCUUCUCUCCCGCCAACCCCCCCUCUUUCUUGCUCCAUCACAGCUCCUGGAUCAGCCAUGUUUGGCACAGAAUCCUCAUUGAGCAUGUUUCUCAACACUUUGACUCCCAAGUUUUAUGUGGCAUUGACGGGCACCUCAUCCCUCAUUUCAGGACUCAUACUGAUCUUUGAGUGGUGGUAUUUCAGGAAGUAUGGGACGUCGUUCAUUGAGCAGGUGUCUGUAAGUCACCUUCGACCUCUCUUAGGCGGAGUAGACAACAACUCUCCUAACAACUUAAACAGCAGUAACGGAGACACGGACUCCAGCCGACAGAGCGUGUCAGAGUGUAAGGUCUGGAGAAAUCCACUCAAUCUUUUCAGAGGAGCUGAAUAUAACCGCUUGAGUGUAACUCUGCAUCAGGGUUCCCCAAAUCUUACCCUGGAGGGCCAGAGCACUGCAGAGUUUAGCUCCAACCCUGAUCAAACACACCUGAGAAAGCUAAUCAAGGUCUUCAUGAUCCAAGGAAAUCACAGGUACACGUGGGUCACAGGUCGAGAGCCGCUCACAUAUUAUGACAUGAAUCUGUCAGCACAAGAUCAUCAGACGUUCUUCACCUGUGAUUCUGAUCACCUGCGGCCUGCAGAUGCCAUAAUGCAGAAGGCCUGGAGAGAGAGAAAUCCUCAGGCUCGGAUCACUGCUGCUCAUGAAGCUCUGGAUCUGGAGGAUUGUGCAACAGCUUAUAUCCUCCUUGGUGAGGAAGAAGCCACAACUAUAGUGGAGGCAGAGAAACUCUUUAAACAGGCACUCAAGGUUGGAGAGAUCUGUUACCGGCGUAGUCAACAGCUCCAACACCACGGAUCACAGUACGAAACUCAACACAGACGGGACACUAAUGUGUUAGUUUACAUCAAGAGAAGACUUGCAAUGUGCUCCAGAAAGCUUGGACGCACACGAGAAGCAGUGAAAAUGAUGCGAGAUUUAAUGAAGGAGUUUCCACUGCUCAGCAUGUUCAAUAUUCACGAGAACCUGCUGGAGUCUCUUCUAGAGCUGCAGAACUAUGCGGAUGUACAGGCUGUGCUUGCCAAGUAUGACGACAUCAGUUUGCCAAAGUCUGCAACUAUCUGCUACACAGCGGCUCUUUUAAAAGCCAGAGCUGUAUCUGAUAAGUUUUCACCAGAGGCAGCAUCUAGGCGAGGUUUGAGCACAGCAGAAAUGAACGCUGUAGAAGCCAUACACAGAGCAGUGGAGUUCAACCCACAUGUGCCCAAAUACCUAUUAGAGAUGAAGAGUUUAAUACUACCACCAGAGCACAUUCUCAAACGAGGUGACAGUGAGGCCAUAGCAUACGCUUUCUUUCACCUGCAACACUGGAAGAGGGUGGAGGGGGCGCUUAAUCUACUCCACUGCACUUGGGAGGGAACUUUCAGAAUGAUUCCAUAUCCUCUGGAGAAAGGUCACCUGUUUUAUCCAUACCCAGUUUGCACAGAGACAGCUGACAGAGAACUUCUACCAACAGUUUUCCACGAGGUGUCAGUGUAUCCCAAGAAAGAGUUGCCCUUCUUCAUCCUGUUUACUGCUGGUCUCUGCUCCUUCACAGCAAUGCUGGCACUCCUCACACAUCAAUUUCCAGAGCUCAUGGGAGUUUUUGCUAAAGCAUUCCUUAGCACCCUGUUUGCACCUCUGAACUUCAUCAUGGAGAAAGUGGAAAGUCUUCUGCCCUCCAGUCUGUGGCACCAGCUUACACGGAUAUGAUCUCAUGGAAAUGAAUUGUUAUUGACUGAGAUGCCAAGUUGUUAAAGUGCCCAUAGCCAGCAAACAAAACAAACACAAUGAACAUGAAAUUUAAGUGAAUUCAUCUAAUGUAAAACUUUACUGUUGAAACAUUUUACAGGACUUCAGUAUGUGUGUGUGUGCAUGUGUGUGUGUGUGUGUUUGUAUAUGUGUUUGUGUAUAUAUAUAUAU